AUACAGUAUAAAACCAACCCGCGAAUAUCAAGUUUCGGAAUUGAUCACAGAUAUAUUGAUAGUUUCAGCCAACUCCUGUGAAUUAAUCGGCAAGUGGAAUAAACGUUUCACAUGUAUUUCCCAAAAUGGAAGAUUUAACACCAGAUCAGUUGGAAGAAUUGCGCCAAGCAUUUCGGAUUUUCGACAAAGACGAUGAUGGGACGAUUUCAACACAAGAACUUGGGACGGUUCUUCGUUCAUUAGGGCAGAACCCGACAGAACAUGACUUAGAACAGAUCAUAAAAGAAGUGGACGUAGAUGGAAAUGGACUCAUUGAGUUUGAGGAGUUUGUAACAUUGAUGUCAAAGAAAUUCACAGAAGAGGCAACUGAAAAUGACAUAAGAGAAGCUUUCAAGGUAUUUGACCCAGAUAAUCUCGGCUAUAUUCUGUCGUCCGACCUCCGUCAUAUAAUGACAACAAAGGGAGAUAAGAUGUCAGAUGACGAGGUUGACGAAAUGAUAGAGGACGCUGAUCUUGACGGAGAUGGUCAUAUUGAAUAUGAAGAGUUUGUAAAGAUGUUGGCUGAAAAGUAAACGAAAGUAUCAUACACAACUAACAUUUGUGACAAUUCAAACAAACCGGAAUAAAUCAUCAAAGAUACAGUGAUUCAUCGAAAGUGAUAUCUGCAUACAUUACCAUAGAUACAGUGAUUCAUCGAAAGUGAUAUCUGCAUACAUUACCAUAGAUACAGUGAUUCAUCGAAAGUGAUAUCUGCAUACAUUACCAUAGAUACAGUGAUUCUUCAAAGUAACAAAUCAUACAGUUAUUCAUCGAAAUGAACCAGUGAAUACAUUAUUAAAAAUAAAGUGAUUUACUGAAAUCAAUCACUGUAUACAUCAUCAUAGAUACAGUGAUUUAUCGAAAGUAAUCACUGUAUACUUCAUCAUAGAAACAGUGACUUACCGAAAGUAAUCACUGUAUACGUCAUUAUAAAUAUAGUGAUAUAUCGAAAGUAAUCACUGUAUACAUUAUUAUAGAUAUAGUGAUUUAUCAAAAGCAAUCACUGUAUACGUCAUUAUAGAAACAGUGAUUUAUCAAAAGCAAUCACUGCAUACGUCAUUAUAGAUACAGUGAUUUAUCGAAAGUAAUCACUGUAUACAUUAUUAUAGAUAUACAGUGAUUUAUCGAAAGUUAUCACUGUAUACAUUAUCAUAGAUACAGUGAUUUAUCAAAGCAAUCACUGUAUACGUCAUUAUAGAUACAGUGAUUUAUCAAAAGCAAUCACUGUAUACGUCAUUAUAGAUACAGUGAUUUAUCAAAAGCAUUCACUGUAUACGUCAUUAUAGAUACAGUGAUUUAUCAAAAGCAAUCACUGUAUACAUCAGUAUAGAUACAGUGAUUUAUCGAAAGCAAUCACUGUAUACAUCAUCAUAAUCAGGAUCUGUCGGGCUAAAAGAAGAGAUUCAGUCCAGUUUUCGUCUUCUGCAAGAAAUGGUUCUAGAAUAUUCAUAAAGAACAGUGUUCCUCUUCUACAUUAUGUUUCAUUUUGUAAAAACAUUCUUGAAGGACAAGCCUAGUAUCAUUAAGAUAUAUCUUUUAUUAUAGACCAGUGUACCAUUAUCCAACUGUUGUAACAGAUAUAAAUUAUGUUAAUGUAGUAAUAACAAGAUGUCUUAAACCAAUAUUUUGAUGAUAUAUACCUCAUCUUUAUUUAUGUUUACCAAUAUUAUGUUUACAUUGAGCAAUAUUAUGUUGAUGAAGUUCACUUAAAAUUAUGUAGAUGAAGACUCAUUGCAUAUUUACAUAGACCAAUAUAACAUUGAUUUAGACCAAUAUUGCAUUGAUGUAGACCAAUACUAAUUUACAUUGAUUUAGACCAAUACUUCAUUGAUGCAGGCCAAUAUCAUACUGAUUUAGACCAAUAUUACAUUGAUAUACACCGACAUGACAUUGAUUUAGACCAAUAUUAAAUUGAUUUAGACCAAUAUUACAUUGAUAUAGACCGACAUGACAUUGAUUUAGACCAAUAUUAAAUUGAUUUAGACCAAUAUUACAUUGAUUUAGACCGACAUGACAUUGAUAUAGACCGACAUGACAUUGAUAUAGACCUACAUUAUAUUGAUUUAGACCAAUAUCAUAUUGAUUUAGACCAAUUUUUCAUUGAUA